AUGGCUUCAAUCAAAGAUUUAUCAAACAAAUUUAAUGAUUUAACAGGCGUUCCAAAGAUAUUAGAUAUUCUUCCUCUUGAAAUACAAAUAGAUAUUUUAAAAUGUCUCGAUUAUAACCAAUUAACAACUCUUCAACAAACAAAUAGUCAAAUACAUAAAUUAAUUAAACAUUUUGAGAAUAAAUUGGCUCGAAGAAAUUUUUCUGUUCUUAAAAUUGGGUCUGAUCAUGACAUGUUUUCUUAUUCUGUUCCUAUGAUUAGGUAUCCAAUUACAGAAAUGGUUUAUGAUUUUCAACCAAGCAAGGAACUUGAACAGAAGUGGGAAAUUGCUUUAAAUAAUCAAAUUCCAAUGUAUUUUUACCUUAACGAGGAUGAUAGAAAUGUUUAUGUUAUUGCAGAAUCAAAUACCUGCUUUUAUCGCUUUGAACUGUUUAAAUGGCCAAAUAAAAUAGAUCACUUUAUUUUUGCCCGUCACUGUUUCGAAUUACUUUCUCAUUGCCAUUUUAAUGAAAUUAUUUUUGAAAGAAUUGUGUUUAAUCCACAAAUAUUUAAUUUAAUUUUUGAUGAUCUACCAAUCAAAUUAAACUGCAAUAUUGCUAGAUUAUUACUCAAUAAUAUAGAUUAUGACAAUCAAGCGUUGGAAGUUGUUAAAAAUAAUUUGGUAAUUUCCAAAAUGCUGAGUUUCCGUUUUAUUUGGGCAGCUUUUACAACUUUGUAUGAGGUUGAUAAAUACAUUUUUUUGAAUUUUUUGUUGAAUGGAGGCGCUAAUAUCCCUCUUGCUUCUAUUUAUUAUAUUGGAUCUGCUAUUGAACUUCACAAAGAAGUUAUUAAGUUUGCCGAGACUUCAUUAGAUUGUUCAAAAAUGGUGAAUAGCAUUGAAUUUCAACGACUUGAAUGGUCUAUGCCUAAAUUUAGUUCAAGAGUUAAACUAAUUAGACAAAAAGAAUAUAUUAAAGGAGAGAACCAACACAUAUUUUUAAAAUACGAAACUUCAAAUGUGCAUAAUUCAAAUUUGGUUUUUUAUAUUUUUAUUUGGAAAGAAGUCAAAGCUGAAACAAUACAUCGUUUUAGAAUACAAAAAUUAAUUCGUGCUUCUAUUGGGAAAUAG